AUGUUUGAAAAAAGCAAUGAUCAACAGCUGAGCGAAUUGAACGAAGAAUACUGGCGAAGGGGACGUUUCUCAAAUUGUGAGGUUCUUGGACAGGAGGAAGAAACAGGAGUGUUCGAAGUUCUUGAACAGGAGGAAACAGGCGUGUUUACACUCGCGAUUACCGUGGAUCAUGAUAAACUCCUUCCAGAGCAUCAAAACCUGCCAAGAGAUUUCUAUCUGUGGGUGUUGAAUCGACAGCUAAACCUGCAAGAAAUUGGUUGCGCGACCUUAGCAGGUACCAGUCAAGGAAUAUUCUCCACUCUGAAAAAAUGCCACAAACACUCGCUUUUUUUCAUGGUUCAGCAAUGUUCGAGAGACCAGUAA